AUGGAUGUUCAGAAUAAUAUAGUAAAAGAGGUAGAAGAGGAAGGAUGUUGCAAAUCUCAGAAAAUAGAAGGUCAAGAGGUCAAAAAAGAGUUAUAUGAUAUCGAGUUAUUAAAUGAAUUCAAUAGAUUUAAGAAUAGAGUGAUUGAUUCUCAUUGUCACAUACAUGAAGAUCAAAAUGAAAUUGAUAUGGUUAAAAAUAAUGAUAAUUACAAUAACGACAGCAAUAACAGCACUGCUAGCAAUAAUAAAGAAAAGUUAUCAUUUAGUCAGAGUUGGUUGAUGGGUACAACCGUACCUGAUUGGGAUCGUGUAAAUAGCUAUGCAUCGGUAAUGGGUGAUCGAGCGAUUCGCUGCUUCGGUAUACACCCUUGGUUCGUACACUUGGUGCAUCCGCCACAAUCGUUGUUGGAAACCAACCCAGCGGGUGAUCCAACCAAGAUGGUAAUGGAUAGCUAUCCAACGGUGAUCGACAGCAGUUGGCCAGAAAAGAUGAAACAACUGCUCUUGCAACAUCCCGAUGCUAUGGUUGGUGAAAUCGGUGUCGACAAAGUAACAAAGUGUCGUGCCACCGGAAAGAACGAACAGGAACCACAAUGGGUGGUUUUCAACCGACAGAUAGAGAUUGCCGCUGAGUUGAAUCGGCUUGUAAGUCUACAUUGUGUGCAACUACACGGUAAGCUACUCGAUUACUUCAUAGCGUUACCGCUAGCUAGAAUGCCAAGAAAGAUAGCACUUCAUACAUUCAGUGGUAAACCAUCUACGGUAACUUCAUUCGCUAAGAUGAAAGAAGGCAAAGGAUCGAGAUUCUACUUUGGAAUAUCAUUUAUCAAUUUGUCAUCUUCAAAGGUAUCAAAGAUGAUUCAAGCGAUUCCAGACAACAGAUUACUGCUGGAAUCAGAUCAAAACACUCCUACCGAAGCUGAAUCAUCGGUAUUCCAAGUCGUUCUUGAAAUAUCAAAAGCCAAGAGCUGGACAAUUCAACAAACAAUAGUAGUAACAAGAAACAAUGCAAUUGAAUUCUUAAAAUAA